UCUCUCUCUCUCUCUCUCUCUCUCUCUCUCCCCGCCAGUUUCAGCAUCAGUAUAACAGCGCGUGUCUCCCUCUCUCUCCCGCCACUCACUCACUCGCUCACCCACACGGCUACAGCUAAGGGGGAACAGGAGUAACAACAACAGAAGAAGAAGAAGAAGAAGAAGAAGAAGAAGAAGACGAGGAAGAAUAGGAAGCAGAAGGAAACAUAGAAGAGAGGGGACAGAGAGUGGCGACAACACACACACACACACACACACACACACACACACACACACACACACAAGGUAGAGGCAGGCUUCUGAGCACCUCCUACCGACCCCUUACCUUCCUACCCACCCCAGAACACCCUACCCUCUCCACCCGUGGCCACCCCUAGCCCAGCCCUCCCCGGCCGCCACCCCUUCGUCAGCGCCUGCGCCGAGCUAACCCAAACACCAGCAGGGGAGGAGGAGGAGGCACCAUGCCGGCAUCGUUUCCAAAGCAACCGGGGACGCCAGUGGCUCCCGAAACCCCAUCAGCACAACAUGACACCACGCCCUCGCCUGCCUCACUAGCCACCCCGCCCGCCCACGCCCCCGCCACGCCCACCGGGAAGACCCAGGAGCCCACGCCCGCUCAGAAGUCUAAGGGGACCCCCACGGACGCCCCAGCAGCCACGUCGGGACCGGCAGGAGGGAGGGAGGAGGGAGGCAGCCAGCAGGAGACGAGUGAUCCGUUCGUUGGCGCCGCGGCAGACAUGGACGCGUGUUUCAAGGCCUUCGACAAGGACGAGGACGGCUUCCUCAACCAGAGCGAGUUUUCGGCGCUGUGUCGGGCUCUCUUCAGGAACGAGCGUGGCAAACCCUACCCGGUGGAGACGUCGAUGCUCAACACCAUCUUCACCAUCUUCGACACCAACAAGGACCACGUGAUCGACAAGGAGGAGUUCAGAUACUGCUGGCAGAAAUGGAUCAAACAGGUGGUGCGCCCCGUGACGGCCCUGGUGGUGGUGGACGUGCAGAACGACUUCAUCUCCGGCUCCCUCGCCCUCAGCAACUGUCCGGCGGGUCAUCACGGCGAGGAGGUGAUCCCGCCCGUGAACCAGGUGUUGGAGGAGAACCGGUUCGACGUGGUGGUGUACUCGCUCGACUGGCACCCCGAGAACCACGUCUCCUUCAUCGACAACGUGCAGAUGCGGCCCCUCCACACCUCCUGCAAGCUGACGAGCGAUGAGGCGAAGGUCUACGACACCGUGAUCUUCGACGUGAACAACGACGGCACGCCCAUGGAGCAGAAGCUGUGGCCGCGGCACUGCGUCCAGAACAGCUGGGGCGCCGAGCUGCACGCGGACCUCAAGGUGGUGGAGGACGCCAUCCUGGUGUACAAGGGCACCGACCCCGACACGGACUCGUACAGCGUCUUCUGGGACAACAACAAGAAGUUCCACACGACGCUCAACGAGGAGCUGCAGAAGCGGGGCGUCACCGACGUCUUCGUGUGCGGCGUCGCCUACGAUGUCUGCGUCGCGUCCACCACGAAGCACGCCAUCGAGGAGGGCUACAGGACCUUGCUGGUGGACGACGCGUGCCGCGGUGUGUGCGAGGACGACAUCGAGUACACCAAAGAGCACAUCACCGCCAACCACGGCCUCAUCGUGCACUCCUCGCAGGUGAAGAAUCUGGCCACCGGAAGAGACCGGCCACCAACACUCGCCUACAAACUGGCUCUUGAGCUCUCCAAGAAAAUGAAGAAGAAAUAAACCAAUAGUGAUCAGAGAAAACACGAGGGGAGAAGAAGACAAGAGUGCCGAGUAGAGGACAACCUUAACACCGCGGGUCUUAGAGAAAUAAAAUAAAAAUGUUGAAGAACAAAACAAACUACAAGAAAACAAGGAAGUAUAAACAGAAACUUGAAGACUUUUCCAGCACUAAGCAACAUAUAUAUUAUCAUUAGGCUCAUCUUCAUUGUAGACAGCAUGGGAUGCUGCAAUUUUAGUUUGUCAUUCUUGCAGAUCAUACCAUACAUCCUCAUUUCUAAGGUAUAAAGCUUUUUUUACUCAUAAGUAUUGCAAGUAAUCAGUAUUCAUGAACCAUGUGUAGGCUUUGAUGACCUUUCUUUUUGAGAACUGGAACAACCUUUAUUGAGUUGACAAUGUGAUAUCCUUCUAUUCUAAGGGCCAAGGCCUUAUUAUCACUGCUAUUUCAAGUCUGUACCGUAGAUGUAAGAGUCCCCCUCGUUUGCUGUCUUGUUGUGUUACGACAUCAAGUGGAUGGUAGAGAAUGACAUCACAAAGGUGCAAACUUACUGUACAAGUCGUAAAACGCUUCAACUGCCUUGAUGACUAGUGCUUUCAGAGCAGUUUGUAGGCAUUAACGAGGCUAAGAGGUUAGAGGACUUACGUAGGUUGUGUUAGACAGCUUUUCAUCCUGUCCUUUUUUAACAUUCAUUCCAAACAGUACAUCAGUGUCAGCAAUGAGAUCACUCGAUACCAGAUCAAUGCAUUACGUAGGUGUUACUUUGUGGCUGGUGUGGCCCGAGCAAAGGCCAACACCUGACGCCUGUGGAGGCAGGUGACCACCACACUGGUGACAGACGCAGGGCCUGAUAGAUGCUGCUGCCGUAGGAGUCAUGCAGUGCAUAGUUUGUGUGUUGCCGGUCUAGCUGAUGACAACAGCAGUUCUCCAGGCAGCUCCCUCAGCCAUGGAGGUGUAGGCAGUGGUCACAUUCUGCCAUGCUGGUGUAAUGACUGCCUUAUGCCUGGAAGUUGAGUGCAGGAGGAUGUGAUCCUCACCCAGUCAGGUCCACAGGCCUUGUCACUCUCGCAGAGUGGUUGGUGAGGCUGUGUUGUGACGACUUCAGGUUGUUGCUGGUCAUUCACUUACCAAAGUAGAUGAUUCUGCCAACCCUUACAAAGGCCACUGAGUGCCUUAGAUGACAGCUGUGCACUGCUGGCAGAAACUUGCUACUGAAUUCAUUAUCAAAUGUGUUAUCUGGCACACAUAAAAAUCUAGUGUUCUGAUUAUAUAUAAUAUCUUAUCAUAAUUACUUGACAUAGUGAUAAAACACGGGGCUAGACCAUGUCAACAUCCGCACCCCGGUUACUCCAUUUUUAUACAUUGUUGGCUGUUACCUUUGACAUUCCCCCAAGUUAUCCUCUUUAGUUUACUUCUUGUCAUUAUCGUUGUUUCCACACUAUACAACACGUGUGUGGUGGACCAUCUCAUGACCCACAACAACUCUUGAACCCAGAGGCUGAGGGCCGCUGGAGUGCCCACCUGAUGGAUCCAGGAAGUGCCACAUCCCACUCUCACCUUUCUCAUUGUGUGUCUGAACCUCAGAGGCAUCAAGGUAGGGUAGAGAUAGUUUAGUGAUGCUCCACACACAGCAUGAUGCUGUGUGGGUCUUGGCACAUGUGCUGAAAAAAAUAUCAGGGAAAACUGUGGCCUGGCUCCUUGUGGGGCAGCGGGGAGGAGGGGCAGCGUGCCCCUUGGCCCGUCCCGCUGCCGCCACGCACUGCCCAGACGCAGCCACACGUCAGUGCCGUGCGGCUGGCACCCAAUUUCUUAGUGACAUUCCUACCCUUAUGUAAAAUCUGUACAUAAAUACUAACACUAUAUUUUUGGCUUUCUGUCAAGGACGCAGCUUGAGUGGUUCGAGCUGGGUCUCCUCACAAAAUAAUUGGACUGUGCUUAAGAUGUACAAUGUAUAUUUUUCUAAAUUGGAGGAAUAAUCCAAAAUCUUUCUCUAAAUGUAACUGUGACCCACAAAAGUUUUAUACGAAGGCAAGGAAGUUCUGUCAUGGUCAUGCUUCACCUGUGUCUUACUGUACAUUAAGCAUCUCAAUCACCCACUCCUUCUUUACAGUACCUGUCGUUAAGGUUUUGGCAAGGGCAGGUAUUCUGUCAUGACAUGUGAAAAUCUGGGCUUUCUAUUUUUCAAGAUACAAAUGUGAUAAGAUUUAAUGUUCACUCAAGUUUUGGUUUCAAAAAGUAAUAUAUCAGUAAAAAGCUGAAAUCAUAUUAUAUGCCAAUAUUUUCCUAUUAAUCAUAAGAAAUGUAUGUCAUCACACACAUUCUUUUGCUUUGCUUCAUAAAUGCUUUGGGAAA